GAGAGGGUAUUGCCCCACCCUGGCGUGUAGUGGCACCAAGGUCACGCACGAGUGGCUGUCCUCGUAUAAAGGUGAGGGCGAGGCACGCUGAGGCCCAUUGCCCGCCGCGCCACCGCCACCGCCGCUGCCGCCACGAGGGUUUAGAUUGUCUGGAAAAGUUUCUCAUCUCGAGUCCGGCUCCGCCGCCGCCGCUGGGCCAUGAGUCUCUUCGCGGCCACCCUCACCCUCCUGCUGGCCGGGUGUCAAGGCCUUUCCAUUGAAAUGCCGGAGCAUCAAGCCCCGCGCUACACUGCAGCACGAGGGGGCCUGCAGGCGGACAUCUUGUACCAGUAUAAGUACACGGGCACGGUGGCCACAUGGGUAUCAGAGGACCCCACACAGUUCUCGGGGUCAGCCUUGAGGGCGGACGUGGAGGUGGAGAGGACGCAAGUUGGCAACCUCCGCGUGAAGGUGAGCAACGUGGAUGUGGCUGAGACCAACGAGAAGGCCUCAUGCGAUCCCCAGAAGCACAUCGAGUUCGACUACCACCCCAUGGACCCCGCCGACGCUGCCCUCCUGGAGCAGACCUUCCUCAUCCAGGUGGACGCGGCAACGGUGGAGUAUCUCAAGGUCCCUGAAGAGCCACUUUGGGUCACCAACGUACGGCGAGGCAUCAUCUACUCGCUCCCUCUCGCUGUCCUCACGGGUCAUAAUCCUUCAAGCCUCACCUUCAGGCUCACAGAGGACACCAUGAUUGGACAGUGCCAUAAUUGGUACUCGCAAAUAAAGCUCUCCAGUUACCAGUCAGCGCUUGAAGACAAGAAACAGGAAGAGAAGAUCGAAGUAGAUGUCCAAAGAUAUAUCACAUCCGAAAGGAUUAUACAAGGCCCUGGUGCCAAGGGUCGCCCCAAGACAAAGCAACCCAGUAAGACAAGCAAGACUGGCACCAAGACCGGCACCAAGACUGGCACCAAGACUGGCACCAAGACUGGCACCAAGACUCCUGGUCCCCAAGACCCCGACCCCGCCCGCCUCAUCCAGCCCAUCGACGACACACUCUGGGUCCUGACACGCACGCUGGACAAUGAGGGCUGCGAGGAGAACCACUUUACUGUGGAGAUCAACGGCAAUGACGAGUCAGCGGACAGGACGCAGCGCAGCUCACAAGGCACCUUCCUCAUUAGGGGUGAGCUAGGGGGCGUGAUGCGCCUGGAGAGGGCCGAGGUGAAUGGUGACAUCGUGGUCUACACUACUGAUUGCCAUGACAAAUUCAUCAGGACAAAGACAAAGCAGGUGCUGGAGCUGAGAGCAGUGAGACAUGCGGAGGUGCAUGUGGAAAGUGUACAGGAGUUGGAGAGAAGGACACUCAGCUUUGAAACUAAGGAAGGGCCACUUAUUUUAACUGUUGAGGAGCAGCUGACAGGCAUCUACCCCACGGAGCUACAAGCCCAGGCCAUUGUAGCAAAGAUCAAAGAAGACAUGGAGUUGCUUCGUGAACCAGAUUACAGAGAGGACACGCCACCCUUCUUGGACACUUUCCGGCAUGUGGUGGAGCGCGUUGCCGUGCUGCCCAAGUCUGAGAUUGAGUACCUCAUUUCCCAGGUGCCCGACACGCCGAGAGUCAAAAAAACUCUGUACCAAGCACUUCUGACCUCCGGGACCAAGGAGGCACUGGCCUACCUCUUGGAGAAGCUCAGUGAUGGGGCUUUCCGGCAACAGAACGCCGGCCUAGUGUUCCAGGUCUUCCAGGCCUCUACAAUAACAGUCAGAGACCCGUCAGUCAUCCCUAUCCUGCUGCAAUUGGUGGACACUAUGGAAGGUGAAUAUGAGGAGCCACUCAAGACCACAUCCCUCCUCAGCAUCGCCAAACUUGCCCGUCGGUACUGCCUUGACCCCCAGAUGGCUGAGAGCUGUGACCAGCGAUGCGACAAUAAGGCGAUCCUUGACUCCUUCCUGCCCAUUCUCACUCGUGGUCUCAGUGAUCCAGUGAAGUGGAAGCAAGUGGUUCACCUGCAAGCCAUGUGCUCGCUGGGAACACCACUCAGCCUGCCCUACCUGGAGCCCAUCAUUGAAGGGAAGAACAAUGAUGACACACACAUGAGGAUCAGCGCCAUCUACUGUCUCACAGCAGACCUUCUGCCCAAAACAGCUCACUCAAGGGUGCUGGACGUCCUGGUGCCGCUCAUGAAUAACCCGUCAGAGUUCCCCGAGGUGAGAAGCAUGGCCUUCCUCGUCAUCAGCACGUGGGAGCCGACGAACCUGUCGUGGUGGGAGAACGUCGCACUCUCCACGUGGAGGGAAAGCUCGCCUCAGGUGGCUGCCUUCAUCUACUCUGCCCUCACCGCCCUCAGUGAAGGAGAACAUCCCCGCUCACUUAGUGCCAAGAAAGUUGUUCAUCUUGCUAAGCAUCCUGGUGAGAUGGAGACAAAUACCCUUGCCCAAUCUGCCUAUAUAUACUUGAAAGAAGAUGUGAAAAACUGUAAAGGAGGGGAGAACUUGAAUCUUGCCUGGGUCACCUCCACACGGUCCAUCUUCCCAGUGGCAGUAUUUUACUCCCUGCAGUUGACCACUGUCUUGGGUAUGCGCCAGAAAGAGACGGCUGUCUACUUUGGUAAUUUCCUCCAGCAUUAUUAUAAGAGGGCCAAUCCGUUCGAGUGGGACAUAAAGGAGAGUGGAGAUUCAGAGACCUUCUUUGGAAUAUUUGAGGAACUACAGGAACACCUGAUGCUGACCAACACAAGCUUCAUCCCAAGGGAAACUUUCACUUUUGCUGCAAUGUUUCAACCUAUGCACGUACUUUUCUCGUCAUUUGAAGGGGGACAUCAUCAACCAGGGGCUAUUGGACCUGGGAGUUUCCUGGAUUACAAUCGACCAGUCAUCUUCCGCUUCACAGAUUCAACACUAGCAUUUCCAUCAGACUUGGGUCUCCCUGUCAUUGUAAAGCUUGAAGAAGACUUUGGCUUUUAUCUUACAAGACACCCUGGUGAAUCUGAACUGCUCCUUGAAUUGGGUCAUAAACAUUCUGUGAAUGUGAAAACGCUGGUGCCAUGGACAGAGGGCCGGGCUGCUGGGGCCGGCCUGGAGGGCAACAUGCGGAUCACCUUGCCAUUCCAUAUUAGAGUCGAAUUUACCCCAAUAAAACUAACACUGACACUGCCAACUUCAAAAGUUAAUCUUAUAGUAAUGUCGGGCUGCAUGUACACCAGCCUGACGCCACUCUUCCCAUUCACCGGCGCUGCUCUGGGCCCUGAAGAACCCGGUACAAGCCUUGGGAGGAAGGUGGUGUGGAAGGGAGAGGUGCUGAAGAGCAGCUCAAAGUCUCAGCUGCUAGACAAGUUAGGGAUCCACUUGACGUGUGAGUGGACAGGUGACAUCCAGCAGCCAGGAGACCCCGAGACUGUCGUCAGAGAGUUGCAUCCUAAUCAGCUGCAUUACCAGAACUUUGAGUACAGGCUGGUGUUUGAUCCCACGGCCUCCCAGUCCAAGGUUAUCGUGUUUAUUGGGCACUAUUACGAAAAAGAGAUUAAGAUCAGCACACAGGUGCCAGGUGAGCAGUUCACGCAGGUCUCGCAGGGAGCGGCUGAUUAUGAUUAUGUGCCACAAGUGUCCGGCGGCUCUUCAGACUUUGAGAUCUUUGGCCAGACUUCCAAUGGUGGCAGUGAUUUUGUUGAGCAAGAAGAGACGCAGAGCCAGACUGUCACCACUCACAUGCAGAGGGUGGAGGAGCUUGCUGUAAACUUCACAUACGGUGUGAUAAGCAGCGUAAGCUUGAGAAUUGAACCAGAUGCGGGCCCUCAAAAGUAUGAGUUUGCCGUCUCCCUGACUACCAGCAAACAGGAGAAGCUUGGUGUGAAGACUCCAACGAAUUUCCACUUGACGUUUGUCAAUAGCUCGGUGACGGAAAUCUUCGCCGACAAGUAUUGGACAUGUAUUGAUGCAAGUCUAUAUUCUCCUUACCUGACACCUUUGAUGCCCAAGGAGGUGAUCCUUGAGACAAAUCUGUCCAAUGACUUCUUGUUCAGUAUGAAAAAGGCAGCUUAUUGUGAGGGCCCACCUAUACUGCACCUCAAGGGUCGUGAGGACGUGAGCACCACAGCCUUGGAGUACCUUCAAGCUAAGGCAGAGAAGGAGACGUGUGACGGUUCCUUCCCCCAGCGCCUCUUGCCUGUGUAUGACACGGUGCAUUUAGACAUCGCUGGAGACCUGGACAUCAUCGACAACAUUGAAGCCUUCCUAGCCUGGUCCAUCGAUAACCUGGACUUGACUGUGGUGGACGUCGUGAGGGACAGAGUUUCCCAGUCAAACAAUUUGAUCUCUAUUGAUGCUUUGCUAAAUCUGAAGGUGAAUGAGUGGAAGUUGAGGAUGACAGGUGCUCAUGGAACAUUUGUGUAUUCUGUGCCUGCUGAAUCCCUAGAUGUGAUUACCAAAAGUGAUGUCCAAGGAGACGUGUUUGAUGUCAUCAGUAGCAGCCUCGACAAAGUGUGCUACCUGUCGACGCAUUCGAUCAGGACUUUUGAUGGGCUUGUGCAUGAGUUUGAACCCUCCUCUUGCUGGACCGCUGCAGCCAUCCACAUUGCUCCUCUUAGUUCCCCUUCAACCAAGGCCCUACAAGUGGCUGUACAGGCCCGCUACAUUGACGACCAGUGGGAAGUUCGCAUCAGCUGGCCUGUAUCUGCGCUGAUACUCGACGUAACAAAAUCGGAGAUAAUGGUCAACGAGGAACCAUUCAGUGGUGAAAGUGACAAGUUUGUGGUGCACCGUCUAAAGGACAGCCAGCUGGUGGAGGUUGGGAGAGUACUGGUCUGGGUGGGCCAUACAGUUGAGAUAAGGAUCUCCGACGUGUAUUAUGCAGAGGUGACAGGACUUUGUGGAAACUAUGAUGGUGAACCCAGCAAUGACAUGAAGGGACCCUUGGGCUGCCUCUACACAGACUCAGCCCUCCACACCACGGCCUGGAGCAGCCCUGCCCUUGGCUGCAGCAGACUUGCCCUUCGCGCCAAGAAGAGAAAGCUGGAGGAGUUCCAAGAGACUUGUGACAAAGAUGUUUUCCAGCCCACUGGCUUGACACAGCAGAAUGCAAUGGAAAGAUGCACAGCAUGGGAGUACCAUGAGCGCACCUCCCCAGCAGGAUUACUCUGCCACUCCAGAGUUCCUGUCCCUGUGUGUCUGCCAGGCUGUGAGGCUGGCAUAACAUUCACUAGUAAUCUAAAGUAUGACUGCUCGCAGCCGUCCUCCUCCACAGGGCAACAACAACAUGACAGCAGCAGCCAGUGCUUCAGCAAAGUUCUGCCAGCCACCAUUGCUGCUGGUUGCUUCCGCCAGAUCAGUAGUUAGGGCUGCCAGGUCUUCUGUUUGGAGUUAGGGUCUCAAGAAAUUAAGCAAUGCUUCUGGUCUUGGUUGCUAGAAUUUCCACCCUAUCAGUGGUGCCUAGUCACUAUAGCAGUCACGCUGCCGCCUCUGCCAUAUUUGACAGUAACACAAAACUAAACUCUCCAGUUUGCAUAAUAAAGUGCAGGUUGACUUCUGAAAAUAAAAUAAAAAAUUAUAUAAACCA